AACGCAUAUCCAGUCACAAUUUUACCUUUUACAUUUUAUUUCGUCACCGUGUGCGUUUUCUGGUCCUCACUGAACGCACACAUCACGCGACUGCCAUGUCACCAUCAUGCCAACUUUUCGAUCAAACUACUAAAUUCAUAUUUCAAUGGCAGUAUUGGAAAAUCCAUCGAUUCCAUAUCAUUAUUAGACUGCUACAAACACUGCGUGGGUGCAAGCUCAUGUAAGUUUGUGAACUACCACACGAGUCGAAAACAUUGUGAAUUGGUGUUUUUGCAAUCAGGAGGUGAUAUUCACGCUGCAGAUGAAUGGAUGUUCAGCUCAACAGAUCUUUCUCAGAACCAAAAUAAAGGUCCUCUGUGCAGAAGUACAGAACCUUGCACGGCAACAGAAAAAUGCGAAGAUACUUGUACCGGUCAAGGAUAUAAGUGCAUCCAGCUGGUAAACGUGAAUCUUCUCACAGCCACGAAUGCCUCUAACAUUCACGAAUGGUACGAUGACGCCCCCUCUUUUGCGGUUGACAUGACGACAGGACAAUCACUGGAGCAGUCAUGUGCGGCAUUUAUGAAUGCCACGGAUCAAUGGUUUUUGCUUGAUUUGGGGAAAAACGUUUCAAUAGAAUCUAUCAUACUACGCAAUCCUGAUCAAGAUGGGGUUGAAGAAAGAUUUACCGAUCUUAAUCUCUAUAUAGGAAAUAAUGGCGAUAAUCUUGAGCUGAACUCCCUCUGUGUAUCUGUCCAAAAUCACACUACAAAUUUAUACGGAGAAUACACUUGCUGGUAUGGCUCUGUUCUGAGUGGAAGAUAUAUUUCUGCGAAAAUUAGUGGAGCAAAGAAUUUUAAUUUUUGUAACAUUGAAGUGUUUAUAGCGAAGUAAUGUUUUCGUACAGCUUACUUUACUGACUUUUACAGGUAAAUAUUUUUUAAAUCAUCUAAAGCUUACCUUUUGCUAAAAAAAAAGGGCUCAUAUAAAAGAUCUUUGAAAGUAAGCUAAGAAUCCUUCUUUUUUUUUUUUGGGAAAAUUUUUUAUUGGUCUUCGAGAUAUUUGUCUUGAAAGUUUCACUAAUUAUUUGAAAUUAUGACGUCAUGAAAGGUGUUAUUAAGCAUAAGUAUAAUAACUAUUAUAAUUGUAUUAAAAUGUAUGUAAAAUGUUGAAAACGCCAAACCGACCAGCCAAAAAACAUUUUUAACCCAGUUUGUCUUGUCAAAACUAGUAAAUACAUAUCCAUGCGCCAUGACUUCAUGCAUAAUUAGCUUCUUACUCCAAAUUCUUAAAAAUCAAUCAAGAAUUUUAAACAAAAUGUACAAUUUCUUACACAAAUUCUCAAGCUCUUUCAUAUAACUAACUUGUUUUUUCGCGGGAGGUAACCUUUGAGGUUGGAGCGUUAAGACAAAAUUUUGAUGUAAAUUUAUAUGCUUUAGUUGACAAAGUAAAAGUAAUCCACUUUAAAUGUUUGAAUUUAAAACCGGAAUUUAAAAAUUUUGCAACAAUGAAAAACGCUUUAAUUCGGAGUAUAUUUUUGCGACAUAUUUCGCAAAACUUCUUUAAAGAACAGCUGUAAUGCUUGAUGUAAUAUUUUCUGUUCAUGCUCAUGGAAUUCACUAUUGCAAUCGAUUUGCCGUACCAAAGGUUAUCCUGAAAAGGUGAAAGUUAAAGUAAUAUCCUUAAACAGUCAGAUUUCUAAAGCUGUAGAGGUUUUAUAAGAACACAGAAUCGUGACAUACUCUGACGACAUACAUAUAGCUAUUACCAAUAUCAGCAUUUCAUGUUCUCAUAACUUUGUAUUUAAAUUGUACCUGACAUUUCCUCUAAAUGACGAAGAGGAGAUUAUUGCGCCAUAUAUUAUAUGAAGUUAGAAAAAAUGUCAGUCUUUUUUGACGAAACUUUUCUCGCUCUCUUGGCUAUUGGACUGUGCCUAUAUCACCUAAACCUUGAAUUAGGCUUAGACGUAGAGUAAAAUUUGCUUAAAAACUGCUCAAAAGAAGAAAAAAAAGGUUAUCUAAAACUCUGCCAGAGUUUGCUUACAACCAUUUGCUGUAAAGUCUUAUCCAUCACUCAAUAACUCACUACUUUCUCGAAUUAAAAUCAGGAAAAAGGAUCUGCUCUACAAAUGAGUUUAAACAAAGGAACACGAGAGAAAGUUACACAAUAUUAAAUCAAUGUAAUCCGGUAAUGAAUUUCCAAACCUCGCAGAGUAUAUAGCUGAGAUCAAAGGUCUAUUUAUUAACAGAGUUGACCAAAAACAAGCUGAACGAAAUCUAGUGAUUAAUCACGUCACCAAACACAUUUAGAAAUGGCGUGACGUGCCAGUUAAUUAUUUUUCUUUUUACUUUGUUUGAUCCCUUAGGACCAUUAUGCUAUUCAUUUUAUAUAUACCUACUAAAUAAUUGUAACUUGGUAACAUUUUAUAUGCACUGACGAUGGUUUUAUACCGAAAUUUUAA